AUGGCGGAGCUCUCCCUCGAGGCGGAAGCCUACCUAUGGUGGCCUCUUAUACUGUACAUGUUUUACCUCAUGUCAGUGGUUUGCGAUGACUACUUGUUGCCAGCUGUCGAUGCCAUCAGUGCUCGCUUUCAUAUUCCCGAUGAUGUUGCAGGAGCAACACUCGUGGCCUUUGCCUGUAACGGUCCAGAACUGUUGACGAACAGCUGCUCCAUCUACCUGAACGAUGAAUCAGUAGGAAUUGGGACCAUCGUUGGCUCCGCAAUCUUCAACGUACUGGUCAUUACAGGGUGCUGUCCACUCGUUGCACCAGACCGCUUUUUGAAGAUAAACCCCGCAUUCUUUCUGCGAGAUGCAUUCUUUUCCGCGUUGUCUAUCGUUCUACUUUGGUGGGCGCUCCCCAUUGUGGACCUCUUCAAAGCCUCUACAUUGCUGGCUUUCUCUGCCCUCUAUGCAUGGGUUGUUGCAAAAAGUGGCCAAUGGUUUGGCGAUCACCGCUAUGAUGGCACUGAGCUCCUGGCGGAGGGGAUCAUUACUUCACCCUCAGCCAUUUCUAGGCAAGUCUCAUCAGAUCCCGCCCUCGAAGUUCCCUUCCUGGCUGAGAAGAGGGAGCUUGUGCCUUUUGCUGUCAGCCAACCCGGUGGUCUUCUCCUUUGGUUGACGAUCCCGAACGUGAAGCUGCAGCCACGCCGUUACUUUUCAAGUUUCUUCAUGUCGAUGAUGUGGCUGAGUGCCACAGCAUAUGUUGUUUGCAUCGGUUCCGAUAGGAUCAACAUCCUUUGGGGUAUUCCUCGAAGCUUUCUUGGGUUGACCCUCGUCGCCAUUGGAACCUCCUGGCCGAACCUUUUAGCCUCCAUUGUCACCGCCAGGCAGGGGCGAGGAGAAAUGGCUAUCAGCAAUGCCUUGGGAAGCAAUGUCCAGAACAUCUUCUUUGUUUUGGCCUUUCCAAUUUUCAUCAGUGUUUUGGCCAGAGGUGACUACACCAGCAACAGUGCAGAAAUAUUGUCUUCGGUGUUAUGGAUGGGGGCUACGUUAGCGGUCGUAGUGCUGCUCGCCAGCUGUUCAGGAUUCAGCUUGCGAGCCUGGACUGGUUGUGCUUUUGUGGCCGUCUACGGCAUGUACUUAUUGCAGGCCUCAAGAGAGCUGCUUACAUGA